AUGGCCAAGUCCAUGCUGAAGGUCAUUCCUGUUGAGGACAAGGAGUCUGUUAAGGGAGUCGACACCCUUAACCUUGAAGCCAUCCUAGCUCUCCUUGCCGAGUCUAUGCUGCGAGUGUACGGUCUCCGCAAACCCAUCUCCGGAAAGAACAAAGAGGUAAAAGUUGCAAAGGCCAUGGCCGCCUCUGAUUCUGAUAAAGCUAUGUUCCAAAUAGCUCAAAAUGAGAUUCUGACCAAUGACAUACUGUAUUACCAGGCGUCAGCCACUUUGCAGGUCAAGAAGGACUUAGAGGCGGCCAGACAAAAGAUCUUGGAGCUGGAGAAGUCUGUAAAGAACCUUAAAGCUGAGGUGGCGCCUCUCAUGGAGGCGGACAAGGAGGCCAAGGGACUCCACAAGCGGGUGAACAAGCAUAGGGGUCGCCUGCAGAAUCAAGAGAAUGACCUCACCCAGAACUUUAACGAGAAAGCUAGCGAGGAGAAGAUGACCCUUGUUCAGGAGAUGAUGGACGACUGUAGGGCCAUUAUGAAGAUGACUGGGCGGUCCUCUUCCUUGACCGGCUAUGAAAAAUGGGAGGGCCAAUUCACCGCCUGCUCUGAUCAAUUUAACAAGAAGAUCAUGGAGCAGGCAGGCGGCGAGGAGGAGGCGGAGGAUGAGGCGUUUGACUCCAUUUUCGGGGAGUCAGACCAGGAAGAGGAUGACAAGCAGGAGGCAGAUGCUGAUGAGGAAGAGCCACCACAGGAGGAGGUGGAUGCCGAGAAAGAACAGGCGCCGGUUGAGGAUCCAAACCAAGCGGCUGUCGACACUAAAUGUCCGGCGUGCCGCUGCUUGAAUUCCCGUUUUUCUUAA